UCCGAGCGACCUGUCACGGCGGGACCACGGUGAACCGGACGGGAAAGAGGGCGAGUGGGAGUCUCUGGGCGCGGCGGGAAAAUGGAGCCAGGCACCCCUGCUCCCGCAAAGAGGCUCUGGAACUUGGGGAGCUGCUGGGGCGUCGUAGAGGUCUUCCUAGUUUGGAGCCUUCGGUCGGCUGUUUUGUGCCAGAGACCGAGGGGGCUGCUUGGGUUUGCUAACCUGGCUCCUGAAUGAAACAAGUUCAGAUGCGAGCUGCUCUCCACCCUUUCUUCCCAGCCACCAACAUUUCUGUACUUUUAUACCUGAGCGCCCAGCACAACCAGAUAAAGAAGAAGCAGCAGGAUGUGGUUAGAUUUUUGGAAGCCAACAAGAUAGAAUUUGAGGAGGUGGACAUCACAAUGUCAGAAGAACAGAGGCAAUGGAUGUACAAAAACAUCUCCCCAGAAAAGAAACCUGCUCAGGGGAACCCGCUGCCACCCCAGAUAUUUAAUGGUGACCAGUACUGUGGGGAUUAUGACAGUUUUUUUGAAGCAAAAGAGAGCAACACAGUGCUUUCAUUCUUAGGCUUGAAACCAAGGUUGACAUCAACGGCAGAACCCUAGAGGAGAAAAGUGGGAGGUGAUGGAGAUGCAUUUGGAACAACACCUCCUGGUACUCAGCACACACCUGCUUACCUAAUGCAUCACUGUGACAAAAGCCACACGCACCACCAGUAACUUUGCUUGCCAUGGAAAUGGUGUUUUGGAAGAUGGGGGUAUAAUGGGGAUUGCAUGAUUGCUUUAAACCAAAUCAGGACUGUGGUGGGUUUGGGGUUUUUUCCCUCCUUAUUUUCAGGUUGUCCUGCAGUUGCCUCAUCUGAAAGUGCUGUUACCUGUUUUCAAGAUGCUUUUAAUAACUGACAAAUAAGUGGGGGCACUACCAGGAAGAAAAUGCUAAAUCUGCCAGUUUUGUAGCAGAUACAGUAUUAUAUCUGUGAGCUUCUUGGACUGCAUUUUUGACAUUAUCUGCCAGGCUAUUAGAAUCUGAAUGAGAAAGAAAAAAGCAAUGCUGAUUGAAAAAGAUUUUUCUGCAGAACCACAGACAUCACUCUGCCAAUGCUUUGUAACUGCAUCUGUUGAAAAAGUUGUUCUAGAGGUUUUUUUUUUUUUUAAAUUGGAAACUCUUAUCCCUAUGAAUCCUCUAAACUCCUAUAUAUUUCCAGAAAUCAUAGUUGAAAUAUAAAAUCAGUGCCACCAAGUUACAGAAAUGAAAAUAAUUGCUAUUUUGGAAAAUACAUGCUUCUUUAUCUCUUGGAAGGGCAAAGUUUCAUGCACAAGACUGCUUGAAAGAUAUAUUUUAAGAGGUGCACAAAGUAGCUAAUACAUUUAUAGGAAAACUGUCAGAUCAGCAUCUGAAGGCAAUUUCAGCUGUAGCAUAUAUUUAAAUAUUUAAAGCACAUAUAUUUAAAAUGCAGCUCCCCUAAUGGCUGCUUAUUCUAUUUUGUGAAGGGAUUCUAUUUUUUUGAGAAGGGAAGAUCUCAAUUAGUUGUAUUUUAUGAACCUGUGAUGAAGCAUAUUAAAAGAAAGUAAUAUUGCUAUACAAUUAAAUUUUUUUUUCCUGUGUUACUUUUCAUUGUUCCUCUACCUUGCUAGUGUUUUUUCCAGCCCAGUCUUGGACUUUUCUGAGUAAUACAGAUACAUGUUCUCGUUCCAUGGAUAAGUAAAGUGAGUGUCCAGAGCAGCGUGCACGAGGAAGGGCUGUCCAGAAAGUAUCUCUGAGUUGUGCUUGGCAAGCAAAAUCUCUCCUCCCACUGCAGUGGGUGCUGAUAAACACCGAACAUGUCUACUUUACUAGGGCAGAGACUACUUUUCUGUGUCCUUAAUUUUUAGAGUUUGGAAUUGCCAAACAUGGGAACAUCCUUGACUAGGAUAAACUCUCAAAGGGUUGACUACAAAACUCAACUAUUCCAGCUGUCCUGAUGCUAGACCUGUCAUUAUGAUUGUGAGAAAGAAAUUCAUGAGAUAUUGAAAGAGCAAAUGAAUAAAAGCCCUCUCCCCCAUCUCCUGCUUCACGCUGUGCUAGAUGUGGGAGUAUUCUGUAGAAAUUUGUGAAUGCUAAAACUGAGACUUAACAGUCCAGACUACAAUCAGAAGAGCAUGACAGAGUUCUUCUGGACUAGAUUAGAUACAUGAUCCACAGUUUUCUCUUCCAGGGAAGUUUUUGUCAAGUCAUGAAUGUUCCUGAUUUGUUGGUGUUAAAACAAGACCCAGGUCAAAUUCCAUUUGAUAAAUCCCAGGGACUAUGUAGGAAUUUUUUUUCCCCCCUAACUGGUUAUUGUGUUUGAAUAUGUGAGUUCUCUGAUGAUACUUAAAGUUUCUUUUUUAACAUUCAGCAAUUUUAAAAAUUGUUAUGUUGUAAUUACUCACCUUGCAUUUAUUUAUUCUACUCUUAGCAGUGAGUGCUGAGGAUCCACUUGGUAAGAUUAAAGCUUUGCAAAUUCUGGGCAUGAAGGAUCAAUACCAUGCUCGCUAGACAGAGGAAGUGACCAAGAUUUUUCCUAAUAACUUUUGAAUUAACUAGUAUGAUUAUGUUAAGCAUACUAGAUGGAUAACAGUAUUAAAGUACUACAACUUUUACAUAUCAUCACAAUUUUUUUUUGUUUUUGGAUCAGCAAAGAAAUACACGAGAAUAUCCUUCAGUGCUUCCUGUGCUCAUUAUGGGGGAAUAGAAGCACAGUGUGUGGGGUUUACCAGAGUAGCCAGGCCCCGCAGAGUCCUGGGCAUUGCCCUCUGGGACCAGGCCAUGUUCACAGAAUAUUGUGACCUUACUUGUAUUCUUCUACCAGCUGAAUUCCAAGCAUGAAAUAAUGAUUUUAUUGUUCCCUUAGUUGCUUUUAUUUAGAUUUUGAUAAUCACAGUCUUAAAAACCUAGGAAAGAAGUGGAUUUAUAGGCAGACAUAUAACAUCAAGGGCAUUUCUAGGCAGAAUUUUAAUUUCUUGUAUUAAACUCUUUGGGACACAGGAAGCGUGAUACUAAAAAUCAAAGUAUGCCAUUUUAAAAACAGAUAAAAUAUAGAGUGCCAUCCUGUUAGAUGUAUACAGACAAAAUGAAAAAUUAGUUGGGAAAAUGUUUCAAAUUCUGGUAUCUUACUAAAAUCAAAGAGAAGAAAAGAAAGGUGUUUUGCCCUUAGGCUGUAAUAUAUUUUAGAUUUGUUUCUGUUGUAUAGAUUUAAUUCAACAUGUGCCUAGAUAUUUUUAUAUUACAUGAAUUUAAUAAUGAACUAAACUUACUUUUGUUUUUUAUUAUUGAAAAGUACCAAAGGUCUUCCAGUUUUGAUUGUUUCAUUAUGUUUGAUUUUAUUGUGGAGUUUUGCUUAAUAGCUUCUCUGAAAUGUCAGAAUCCACUUCAGUCUCCAUAAUUAUUGUUUUUAGAUUUCAGUUAGUAUGUGUUUGUCUCUAAAGACAUUGGAGAAAUCUUAGAUUUUAUGUUCAGCGUUAAAGGGAAAUAAAUUCCAGAAAAUUCUGAAAAUGGAGUUUCUAUUCCCUGCCAUUUCUGAGAUUGACCCUAGUGCUAGUUUUGGUUCAGCUGAAUUCUUUGUUCAGUUGGGAAGCUGUGUGUCUGCUCCCUUCCAUGAAUGCCAUGCGUGUAAACUGUAGAUUCCUUGGUAAAAACACAGGAGUUGUGUGACCAUUCAGGAGCCCCCUGUGCAUCUUGAGAGACUCCCCAGACAGCAGCCAGGGCUGAGUGUGCAGGGAACCGUCUGGCACAGGGACAGCCACGCCUGGUGGAUGUGUCACAUUGUUGCUUGCAGAAACAGGAUCAGGUGGCCAUGACUCCUUUGAUAGUUUCUCUCUGAGAAAGCUGCUAUCUCUGGAAGCAGAAGACACUUUUUAAAGGGAAUACUGAGUCUGAUCUCAUCAGUGUUGUUUCAAACCUUAAACCCUCAGAGAGGAGAAGGGUAGAGGAAAGGUUCAAAGGGAACAGACAUUUGCAGAAAUGUACUAAGUCACAAACCCAGAUAAGCAAAGUGACCACUGUCUGCAUGUGACCCAUAUUUCCAGAGUUUCCCUAGGUCUGGAAAUGCCUGUCAGGUCAGGUUAGUCAUCCUUACUGUCCACAUGUAUUGAGCCCUUAGAAUGUGAUGGACCCCCAGAGCAAGAUAAUAGUGUCCACUAUCAGGGAUGAAGGAAGUGGACACAAAAACAGCAGUUACAGCCAAAGGUCAGUGAAAGAGUUAAAUUGCAGCACUCCAGGCUACGCUACAUCAUCUCAAACAAUGUCUACAGUCUUUGUCGCUGCUGUUGCUGUUAAAACCAUCCCAAGUUUUAAAGUUACAUAUACCUACAAAUGCAUUCAUGUGCAUUAUAUGUAUUUAUAUAUAUAUGCUAAAGUUUAAGGAGUAAUAGUGAUAAGCACACCCUGUGUGUGCCUGCCGCCCACCUUCUGCCUUUCCUUUGAGGCACUGUGCUCUUCCCUGACCUGUCUUCUGGCCUGUCUGAUCAGAGUCCUGUCUUGUGUUUGUGUUGACUGUAGGCUUCCUGUCCUUUAUCAUUCUGCUUCUAUGUAUGUAUACUUAAAGAAUAAUAAAUGAAAUUAAACUGGAUUUUUGUCACUUUUUUAUGUUCAUAACAGUGUGAGUUUUCACUGCUGAAUAUUUUUCCAUUGUAUAUCAUAAUAUUUUCCCUUCUCUAGUUGCUAGGUAUGAACUGCAUGUUUGUUUGAAAUAGAUAAAAGGAAAUGCUGCUAUGAAAAUUCUUUUAUGUGACGUCUGGUGCACAGGAGGGGUGUAUACCUUGAAGAGAACUCUUGGAUUGGACCAUAUAAGCACAUUCUCACCUUCAAUACAUAAAGUCAAACUACUAGCAAAAGCAAUGUUCCUACCACUAUAAUAAAAUUUUCAGGACUCUAGAUCCCAGCCAACCUUUGAGAUGACCAGAGCAAAAUUGCUGCCAAGCUGAGGAGUACAAAAUAACAUCUUACUGUGGUUUCUUUUGGCAUAUUUUUAGUUAGUAGAAUGUUGAACAUGUUUAUUGUGGAAAAUCCUGCUUCUUGGAAAUCCCUCUUCAUGUGUUUUACCUUUUUUCCUAUUCAAUUGUAUUUUUAGGUAUUAAAGUUUAAAAUUUAUUUCUACUUACCUAUAUUGGCCAAUAUUGAUUUUAUUUUUAUUUUCCUAUUUUUUGUGUAUGUGUUUGUAUCCAUGCAUUUAAUUACUGUAGCAUUUGGGAGCAAACCUGUGAACUUGGGCAUGUGAGGUAUGCAUUCUUCCCCUGAGCAGUACCCAGAUUCCAAGAUUUAACUGUUCAGGAAAGUCAAGUCAAAAGUAGAAAAAUCUUCUGAACCUAUUUCCAGAAAUAUGAAAAGGACACAAGUCUUUAUUCCAUAUACAUAAAGUUAAGUGCAUAUAUUCUGUGUUUUUUGUGUGCACUGAUAUUCAGCUGUCUACGUGUUAGCUGAGAGGUGCUUUGAAACUCAUUCUGCUUUAGGAGAGUUCUUUUUUGAGGCUCUUUUAAGGCACUUAGUUGGCAGGAAGUUAAUGUCAUUUGUAUUAUGAUUGAGUUUUCUGCUGUAUAAUUUUACCAAAA